AUGGACACUCUAAUAUCAAAGGGUAAAAGUGCAAAAAAGCCACUGGUGGUGGCUGGAUGUGUGCCUCAAGGAAGUCGGAAUGUGAAGGAAUUAGAAGGAGUCAGUAUAGUUGGAGUCCAGCAAAUAGAUCGUGUAGUUGAAGUUGUAGAAGAGACUUUAAAAGGUCAUGAAGUGCGGCUUUUGAACCGCAAGACGUUGCCGGCACUUGACCUCCCGAAGGUCCGAAAGAAUAAAUUUAUUGAGAUUCUUCCAAUUAAUGUUGGUUGUUUGGGGGCCUGUACUUAUUGCAAGACAAAGCAUGCCCGUGGGCAUUUAGGGAGCUACACUGUUGACAGUCUUGCAGGGCGUGUAAAAACAGUUGUAGCUGAUGGAGUAAAGGAAAUAUGGUUGAGUAGUGAAGACACCGGAGCAUAUGGUCGUGACAUUGGGGUUAAUCUUCCAAUUUUAUUGAAUGCUAUUGUUGCUGAACUUCCUUCUGACGCUAGCACAAUUCUUCGAAUAGGGAUGACAAAUCCACCUUUUAUUCUUGAGCACUUAAAAGAGAUAGCAGAAAUUUUGCGCCAUCCAUGUGUAUACUCCUUUCUUCAUGUGCCAGUGCAGUCCGGUAGUGAUGCCAUUUUGACUGCAAUGAAUCGAGAAUACACUGUGAGUGAAUUCAAGACUGUAGCUGAUACCUUGACUGAGCUAGUUCCAGGGAUGCAGAUUGCUACUGAUAUAAUAUGUGGAUUCCCUGGUGAAACAGAUGAAGAUUUUGCUCAAACUGUUAGUCUUAUUAAAGAGUACAAGUUUGCCCAAGUUCAUAUUUCACAGUUCUAUCCUAGACCUGGGACACCUGCUGCAAGGAUGAAGAAGGUCCCAAGUAAUGUAGUGAAGCAACGAAGCCGUGAAUUGACUUCUGUGUUUGAAGCUUUCGAUCCUUAUAAUGGAAUGGAGGGCAGAGUGGAAAGAAUAUGGAUAACAGAUAUUGCAACCGAUGGAAUUCACUUGGUUGGCCACACAAAAUCAUACGUGCAAGUUCUCAUAGUUGCCCCAGAAAGCUUGCUGGGUGCUUCAGCUAUUGUUAAGAUAACCUCCGUUGGAAGGUGGUCCGUUUUUGGAGAAGUGAUUGAGGCCCUCAACCAAAUAAAUCAGAAAACAAGGUCAGCCGAGAAAACGCUCACUGAGGACAAAUGUUCUUCCCGUCCUGACCCAUGUGAGAGUUGUGCGUGUUCAAUAGAGUCAGAACCUUGUGCUUGUGGACCAGAGGGCUGUGGAGGACAGAGUACUUUAGAACAAAUUGAUGAUUCGCAGAAUGACAUGCUACCAGAAGAUCGAAAUAGAAGAAAUCUCAUCGGAUGGUUACUAAGAAAGCGAAAAAAUCAGGUACAAAAAACGGUGGAGAAUGGUAUUGCCUCGGGAUCCAAGAAAAAGCUAGAACGCCCCAAAGUAGCACUGGGUGAGUGGAGUGUUGUCGAUAGGGCACUCCUAGGAGGAUUAAUUGUCAGCUUUUUGACUAUUGUAACUUUACUAAUAAAUCUUGGAUAUAAGACUCUGCCAUCCAAGUGA